AUGCGCCUGGAUUACUACAACCGGCGCGUGGCCCGUGUACCCGUCACUUCCGACCACGACAAGAUCGAAGGCGCUGGUAUGGGGUUGCAAGUCCUGGCGCUCAAAACCUGGUUCUCUCAAGGGUUGAGCAAACACCUUGCUAAACCGUACGCCCAAUUCAAGUCGGAGUUGAUCCGCCGCGCCGUGCCCGCCGAUUUCGUCUGGACGCAACUCGAGGUGUUGCACCGGCAACGCCAAGUGACGGGUCACGAUGUACACGCGUUCCAGGACUUCUCCGAUCGAAUGCGCGUCCUCCAGAUGGAGAUUGGGUUCCAGGUCGUCUCGGAUCAGGAACUCGCCAAGCUUGUUCUCCUCGGCACCGAUCCCGAGCUGUGCCGACUCCUCCGCACGCAUGUUGUCUCGUCGCUAGCUGGAUGGUCCGAUCUCUCACUCGAGAGACUCGCUCUCGAUGCUCCCGCCCCAGCUGUGGUCUCGGAAACCGACGUCUACAGCGAUGCACCGGCGGAGCAACCCGGGGAGUUCGAUUAUCAAGUAUUCGAACGGAUUGGACGCGAAGAGUGGGGCGUCAUCGCGCAACGCCGAGCGGCCAUCCAGACGUUCCAAGAAACGGGUGAUUCAACCGCGUUUGCUGGCCUCAACAGUGACUCGGAAGACGAUGAUUACUCGUACGCCCCUCGCUCGUUCCCGCCUUUACCCGUCUCUCUGCGUGGUGCUCAUGGUACCCUCACUGCCUCGGCCCUCGUAGAUUCGGGGUCGCCUCAAACGUUCCUCAGUGAGGACUUCGUUCAGCGAUUGGGAUUUGAAAAACGGGCCUUGGAACAGCACACGAAGUACACUCUUGCAAUGCAGAACCAAGUUCCCACCGUCUUCACCUGCACGCAUUUUGUGCGAGUUCCGGUCGAACUGGCUAAUGGACGUUGGGCGGCGGGCCCCACGUACGCCGAAGUGGCGCCCCUUGGGAGGGACCUCGAGCUUAUUCUGGGAGGCAACUUCAUCUACACGCACAAGAUUGACCUAGGUCAUUUCCCCCACCCCCACCUCACGUGUAAGAAUAACCCGGAGGAGCCAAUUGACCUGCUUGAACUAUCGUCCCAGCCGCGCGGCACGUCGCCCGUGGCCGCUAUCGCGCCCGUCAACGAAGACGAACAGCUCCGCCUUGCCGCGCUCGACCAGCGCCUGCGCGCGGUUUACGCUGAUCGCUUCCCUGACGACAUUCCACCGGUUGCCACCUAUCAAUCCCCGGUGCGACACCAUAUCGAGCUUGACAACCCGCGCACUGUGAUCAACCUGCGCGGCUAUCCGGUCGCCAAACGCCAUCGCCAGGCAUGGUACCUGCUGCUUCAAAAGCACCUCGCAAGUGGCCGUCUUCGCCCCUCACGUUCGCCGUACGCGUCACCGGCGUUCAUCAUCCCCAAGAAGGGCUCGGAUGUGGACCCGACCAUUUCACCGCGAUGGGUGAACGACUACCGCCACCUCAAUCGGCACACCAUCAAGGACCGCACACCCUUGCCCCUGGCCGAUGACAUCCUGUCGACGUGCUCCAAAGCGCAGUUCUGGGCCAAGAUUGACAUGACCAACUCCUUCUUUCAGACCAAGAUGGCGGAAGAGGAUAUAGCAAAGACCGCGGUUUCGACACCCUGGGGUUUGUACGAAUGGACGGUCAUGCCCAUGGGACUCUGCAACGCGCCCGCCACCCACCAGCGCCGCGUCAACGACGCCCUGCACGGAUUACUCGGCACCAUCUGCUUCGUCUACCUUGACGACAUCACCAUCUUCGCCGAUACGCUGGAGGAGCACGAGGCCCGUGUUUGCCAAGUUCUGGACGCCCUGCGCCGAGCCGAACUCUACUGCUCGCCAUCAAAGACCAACCUCGCCACCUCGGAGUGUGAGUUUCUUGGCCACAUCAUCAACCGCUCCGGCGUACACGCCGACCCCAAGAAGAUCAAGCGCAUCCACGACUGGCAUCUCCCAGCGACCGUCACGGAACUGAAGGGGUUUCUCGGUUUGGUGCAGUACCUCCGCAGGUUCAUUCCGGGCCUUGCCGAGCAUACCGCUGCGCUGACCCCGUUGACAAUCAAAGGGCUGACAUCCAUCGGCAACCUCUGGACAACUCCAACGGUCCGUCACUUCGAAGCCAUCAAGUCCAUUGUCGUCUCCCUUGACUGCCUACGCCCGCCCGACCACUCUGCCGAUGCCAUGCCAUUCUGGGUGAUGACCGACGCCAGUCUUCAAGGUAUCGGAGGUGUGCUCCUGCAGGUCUCGCAUUGGAAGACCGCACACCCCAUUGCCUACUGGUCGCGUCAAUACAUCCCAGCUGAACGCAACUACCCUACGCACGAGCAGGAACUCCUAGCUAUUGUCGAGGCUCUCAAGGAAUGGCGCAUUGAUCUCCUGGGUGGCCAUUUUCACAUCCUUACCGACCAUUCCACACUUGAGCACUUUCAGACGCAGCGCACGGUCAUCUCGCGACGCCAGGCGCGCUGGCUUGACACCUUGGCCGAAUUCGAUUACGACCUCCAGUAUCUCCCGGGCAGGGAGAACAUUGUAGCCGACGCGAUGAGCAGAUACUCCUUUCCCGAGCCAAUUCCCGUCAUUGUGGCCAACAUUUCGCAAGUCUCGCUCUCGGAUGUCGUCAAGCAGCAAAUUGUCGACGCGUACAAAACCGACGCAUUCUGCCAGCAAGCCCUGAACAACAUCGCGUCGGUCGCAUCGGAGUUCAAGAUUAUUGACGCAUUGCUGUAUUUACGGGGCCGGCUUGUCAUUCCACUACUAGCCCCGCUCCGUGAGUCCAUCCUUCACGAUGCUCAUGACGCGCUGGGGCACCUAGGUGAUGUAAAAACGUACCAGACUGUUAUACAGACGUACUUUUGGCCGAACAUGUCCCGCCACGUCAAGCAAUACGUGCAACAAUAUGACUCAUGUCAACGAACCAAGGCCCGUACCACUCGCGUCGCGGGCAAGCUUCACUCCCUUCCCGUUCCAGUGCGCCCCAUGACGGACAUCGCCGUUGACUUUGUCGGACCGUUGCCAACAAACAAGGGGUUCGACCGUGUCUUGACGAUCACCGAUCGACUGUCGGGAUAUGUCCGCCUCAUCCCUGCGCGCGAAGCCGACACAGCGGCGGAUGUUGCCAACCGCUUUCAUGAGGGGUGGCAUCGUUUUUUUGGCCUGCCUCAACGCAUUGUUUCGGAUCGUGACAAGUUGUUCACGAGCAAGUUCUGGUCCGCCCUGCACAAGCGUCUGAACAUCAAGCUGCAACUUUCCUCGGCGUUCCACCCCGAGACUGACGGGCGCAGCGAGAAGACGAACAAGACCGCAUUCCAGAUCCUACGCUCGCUUGUCAACAGGGAACAAUCCAAUUGGGUUGAAUGUCUCACCGCUUGUGAGUAUGCCAUCAACUCGUCGGUCAACGUUUCGACGGGGAAGACCCCGUUUGAGCUUGUCCUGGGGUACACACCCACCCUCGCCCCGCUUGCCCCUAUUGAGGGCGACGAGGAGCUCCCAUCGGUUGAGGAGCUGCUCGCACUUCGCUUCCAGUCAUGCGAGGAGGCACGAGACCAACUCGCUGUGUCCAAAGUUCGUCAAGCCGCCCAAGCCAACAAGGACCGCGCGGAUGAACCUUCAUGGGCCGUCGGGGACCUUGUGCUGCUCGACUCAAGUGACCGCAGGAAGCGACUUCACACCCGCAAGCGCCGCGCAGCCAAGCUCAUGGACCGUUUCGACGGCCCUUAUCGCAUUGUUGCGGCGCAGCCAGGGAUCUCCACGUACACCUUGCAACUCAACAAGGACGAUUCCGCGGUACCGUUCUUCCACACGGGCAAGCUCAAGGCCUACCGCUCAAAUGAUUCGGAAUUGUUCCCAAGCCGAGAACCCGCGCGCCCGGGACCGGUGGACGUAGGUGGAGAACCCGAGUGGGUCAUCGAGGACAUCGUCGAUGAAAGGGUCCGAGCGGGGAAGACUCAAUAUUUGGUCUCUUGGGUUUCAUGGCCGUCGGAUAGCGAUUCAUGGGAGCCUGCCGAGGCACUGGAGGACACGGAGGCAUUGGACCGUUGGGAACAUCGGAACGAGGAAUGAGAGUGUUUUUUCAGAAGGGAGCUUUGUGUCAAGGAGGGGAGAGUGUAAGGCAAGGCCUUACGACGGGCCACAGGCAUUAGAAAUAGAGCUUGCGCGCGCCUAGCUUCUUCAGCUCUCUCUUCAUCGAGCUGACACCAGAAGCUAGGUGAGUACUGGUGUUCCCUAUCUCAGCACUAUCGUAUCUCAUCGAGCUGACACCAGAAGCUAGUUGUAAUCCAUAUAACUUGCACCUGUCAUCUUCGGUCACCAGUGAGGCUCCGCUGUCCGAGACAGCGUGCCUUUCAGAAGCCUGGGCGUUCCGGGCCAAAACUCCGAUCUACGGGCUAGUACGAAACCAAAAGAAGGGCUUCGACCUGCUCAGACCAGAAGCUGGGUAUGACGCCUACCAUUUUUUCGGCUUUGGCCCAAACGCAGAAGCUUUUGACCGAGCCCGAUUGGCACACGGCGCUUUUAUCGUCAAGACACCGUACGGCCUCGCGGAACCUUUCGAAGUGGACGGGCAGAUGAAACAAGGGGAUCCCCCGAAUCCUCUUCGUUUCUCCUUGGCCAUGGCUAUGGGCUCUUACUGGCUGGACGAACAAGCGUUCGAGGACCCACUACUCAUCACAACACAGAACAGGGCACGCUCAAACAACCAUACACAAGCGGAUGAACUGACCCUCAAGAUUACUCAGGUAUCUGCGAUGGACGACACCAUACUACUGGCCAAGAGUGAAAGGACGCUGGCAGCGAUGACUCUCUACAUGGAGCAUUUCCAGGAAGCCUACGGAGCCCAAACCGACUGGGGUACAAAGACUCGAGCCAUCAUAAUGGGCCUCGGCAACCAGUCUGAUACACCAGGGACAGUCCAAGUUGCCACUCCUCAUGGGAGACGACAGGUCACUGUCGACCCAGCACACGUUUUUCUCAAAACACCGUUCGCUGUGCCGGACCGACAAUACACUCAGCUGGAAAGUAUUGUGCGAUCGAUCGGGUUCCCGAGCACGCCAACGAGGCGACUCCCGCUCUCGGCAUUACGACGAUUCAUCGAACAACAACUAAUUAGCAGGCUGAGGCCACGACUGGCUUUAUGUCCUAUCCGACCGGACGAUGCCCUUAAGCUAGACCAGCUUAUAGCAAUGCGGAUCAAAGAGUACUAUGGAUGGGUUUCACACCGAGCGCUAAGUUGGUCACCCUCCCCGUCGCUAAAUUUGGAUUCGAGCUUACUAGUCUGUGGCGACUGAACGGGGCUAUGGCAGUCGAUGGACUACUACGAGACCUGAACCAUCAUAUUCCAGCUUUCGCACAGAUGGCAAGAAUAACGCUGGCCGACCUACAAUGCCAACACCAUGGCUGUAUAUCGCCGCUCCUGAACCCUAA